CCCCGCGCCGUCAGUUUCGUUGGUGUUGCGUCGUGUAACGUGUCCUCUCUUUCUCUCUUUUUUCUCUCUCUCCUCCUUUUUCUUCCUCGAGCCCUCUCCCUCUCUCCUUUCCAUCCCCUUUCCCUCGUGCGUAUAUACUUUUUAUUUUUCUUUUUUUUUUUUGCUCGUCGUCACGAUCAACGCCGUCAUUGUCGGCCGCGAGUGAUAAGGAAAUAAUAAUUGCACGCACGUGCCACUUUCCACGUUUCUCGUCUCUGACGGAUGCCGCGCAUUCGGCACUUUCUGCCGGACCACGCUCGUCAUUCUCAUUAAUGGGAUAGCACAGCCGGUGUUCCGCUCCGGAAGACUUCUCCACGAGAUCGACUAAACGGCACUUGGGAUUCGGUCGAGCCGCAGGUCGACGAAGAACGAUUCUUUACCGUGGCACGAGAUCGACGGAGUGAAGAGUCUCGGGGUACCUGAACCGGUGAUCUGCGUAGCGAUAUCGGUUGAGAAAGUUUCGCAGAGACAGAAUGUUUACGUGACAGAAUGUUUAUGUGACUGAAGGACGUUCGAAGGAUCGAAGAUCGCAAUAAUCGUUAGACGAUACCGCAAACGUCCAAGAAAUUUAUUGAGAGAAAUAAUUUGUGCCGAUAACAUCUGUGCUUCUUCGGUAGUAGCAAUCGUUUUCGAGAAAAUCGCGGACAAAUAUCGACCAGGGUAAGAUGCAAAGGACGUCGUCGUUCGCCCGGAAGAUCGCAAAAUGGCGUGGGCUCCGGUGAGCUAUCGCUGCGAAUGCGAAUCUUCUCGCUGAAACCGUACAAACGCGAUUCGAUUCGUUCGUUCCCGGGGACGAGUGGCUGUGAAAACGAAAUUCCAGUGGCUGUAACGGAAUUCGCGCGAUAACCAACGUACGAGACACAGCGGGUAACGUGAAAUUUCACGAAUUCCACGAGCUACGGUUGUUCUGCGGCGAAUAGUCGAUAGCCGGUGGAAAUUCUCGAGAAUGAAAUUACGAAUAUUUGUCGCGACUGACACGUGCAAUUGCCAACCGGACGACGCUGCUGGAUCGGUGAAAGCGGGCCAGAAGCGAAGGAAACUGAACUAAAUCUUGUCACAACGCAGCCGAUUCGUCCGAAUACCUUGAACUCGAGCGCAGACUGGAAAUAUUCGUUCUUGAACGAAUUCGUGUGUCAUGCAACCAGCUAGUCGAAUGUCGUAACUUUGUAAAAAAAAAAAAGAAAGAAGUGGUUUCCGGUUCGUUUCGUGAGUCAACGAUUCCCUUGGUGGACGAACUUGAUCGGGAAGGGAAAGAGAGUCGGUUCGAACGUCGAGGUCGAGACUUUAGUCAAAUUCUGUAUAGAAAAGUAAGUACGGCCGACGGUCGUACUUGGCACGAAGGCCUCAAGAUUGCUCGAAAAUCGUCGAGAGAGGUGCGCAGGGCAGGAAGAGCGAUGGAAAUCGGGGGUGCAGCGAUGCAGAGGAUGGCCGCUGCCGGAGGGCCCGGGCCUCUCAGCCUUCAGGGCCCUCCAAGGUCAGUGAAAAUCUCACCCGUUAACAUACAGGACGAGCCCGGUGACCUCACUUCUCAGAAGAGCACAAGUUCGCAUUGCGUGGGAUGCGGCGGUCGAAUUCACGACCAAUGGAUCCUGCGAGUUGCACCAAAUCUGGAAUGGCACGCCGCCUGUUUAAAAUGCGCGGAGUGCCAGCAAUUUUUGGACGAGCACUGCACUUGCUUCGUACGAGAUGGGAAAACUUAUUGUAAACGCGAUUAUGUCAGAUUGUUCGGAACAAAGUGCGACAAGUGCAGUGAGUGCUUCAGCAAAGACGACUACGUAAUGAGGGCAAGAAGCAAAAUUUAUCAUAUAAAGUGCUUCCGAUGUUCAGCCUGCAUGAGGCAGCUAGUUCCUGGCGAUGAAUUUGCCUUGAGACAGGAUGGCCUCUUUUGUCGACACGAUCACGACGUUCUCGAGGGUGGGAAACUCUGCUCGGGGCCUGGUGGUGUUCCUGGAAGCGAGAACAACAACAACGCGUCCCUUAUGAAUAAUAAUCAUCAUUUACACCCCAACGAUGGCUCGAUAUCAGAUUCCGGGUCUGAAAGCGGGUCGCACAAAGCUGGCGUGGGUGGUACUCGAGGAUCGGGCGGCCAUAAAAGCGGCGGCGGUUCUGACGGCAAACCAACCAGAGUUCGCACCGUUCUAAACGAAAAGCAACUUCACACGCUGAGAACUUGCUACGCCGCGAAUCCGCGGCCGGACGCGUUGAUGAAGGAACAAUUGGUAGAGAUGACGGGACUGAGUCCGCGCGUGAUAAGGGUAUGGUUCCAGAACAAACGGUGCAAGGAUAAGAAGAAGACGAUCGCCAUGAAACAACAGAUGCAGGAAAAGGAUGGCCGUAAAUUAGGCUUCGGUGGGAUGCAUGGAAUUCCUAUGGUGGCUAGCAGUCCCGUAAGACACGAGAGUUCCAUAGGGAUGACACCGCUAGAAGUUCAAGCUUAUCAACCACCGUGGAAAGCCCUUUCAGACUUCGCCUUACACACCGAUUUGGAGAGGCUAGAUCCUAAUACUCCUUCUUUUCAUCAUCUGGUGUCGCAGAUGCAUGGUUACGAUCUUCACAGCGGACCACCACAACUACCACCGCCAGGAAUGCUUGGUGGACCGAUGAACGAUGGCGGAGGCGGCGGGGGUGGUGGUUCUUUGCCACCCCCCGGCCCACACCAUCCCAGUAGCGGCGGCCCAGACAUGGGGCAACACCCUGAUAGCACGGAUAGCUAUGUAACUUACCUCGAAAGUGACAGUGACUCUCUUCAUCACGAUACAGGAAGUCCAUAGUGUUGUGCAGUGUGGCCAGAACGAAAGUGUCCGCUUUCUUCGUGGUCUUCUUUCAAUAAGUGCUUGAAGAGAAUCGUAGUCUGCGAGAACAAAUAGUACCAUUACGGAUGGCUGGAAACGAAACAAAGAUUGCGUUAUCAAAUUGCGUGUGAAAUGUUGUUUAAUCGAAGGAAAAAUCUUCCCUCGUGAGACGAAUUGGUGUAAAAAUUCGGUUUAACGACGUGCCAGGGUAAUCUAGCCGUAGAUUAACUGAAUUCUUCGAGAAGGCUAACGUUAAAAUUAUUGAUCGACCACGCGAGUGUCACGUUUUACGUGGAAAGUCUUGAAUUAGAAGAAUUCGGCAGAAAUGUUACGUUCGAUUAGUAUGAUUAUUAUUAUCAAUUGUUCUUCGAAAUUACCGUUGAUCGAUUAAAAGGCAAAUUUGAAUUUGCACGCGUAAGGGUUAAGAAAUAUUGACGUUUUCGAUAGAAAGAAACAAAUUACAGGAACGAUAUGAUUUGCAGAAACAGCGGAGCUUAAUAUAGCGGAACGAUAGAGGACAGUUAUUUAAAUUGCUAUUGUUGUGUCGACAGAAACAAUUGAAAAUUACUGUACGAUCUAUAAAAAAAAAAAAGAAAUACGUAACUGAAAAACUCCGAUUAAUUUUUGGAGCGUAUAAGCGAAAUUGUUUGACGUAAGUAUGUAUUAUUUUACCAGAUCGUAGCUUCGUGCUCGAUAUUUCGUAAUUAAACAGUUGUGUCGUGAACGAGAAAAAUUCGAUACAUAAUGAACGCAUUCGUUCGCGAGAAAUCUCAGGUAGGAUAUGUAUAAUGAUUCAUGAACGAUAUCGGCAAGCGGAUUUGUCGAUAGAAUAAUUGCUCGUUUGUUACGGAACGGUAAUGAUAUUUAACGAAACAGGCGAAGAAAGUAUGUAAAAUACUGCGCCAAUAUUUUCAAAUGAAAUACAGCCGUGUAAAAAAUCGAUUUCUUCGCGAAACUGACAAUGAGUAAUCGAAUAAUAGCGAAUUAAGGAGAAAUUUUAUCAUGAUUAUUGUAAUUUCUAGAGCAUGCGAAAGGAGAUUGCAAUAAAUGACGAUCAAACUGAUUGUAUGUCGAGUUGAUUUUACCAUUGUAUCGAUGUCUUUAAACGAAAUUCGCCCUUAUGCACUGAAAUUGUAUUGAAUUGAUAAAAUUGUGAUCGACGAAUUUCAUGAUGAAUAUGAAAAGUAUAUUUAUUAAUUAUCGUUUAGGUACAUAGGAUUAUUUAACUAUUUAAUAAAUUAGAAAGGCGAUUCGUUUGUUUAUUCUUUAUACAAUUUCAGUGUAUUGUUCAUGGGCGGAGGGGUGCAAUAAGUGUAAUACAUUCUCUUAGGUCAAGGUAUCGCAUUAACAUCGAAAGAUAUUAAUUGUUUUGAAAUUGAAUGAAUCGAUUAAAAGUGGUCGAAGGUGUAUCCGAAACUCUGUUCUGCACCGAAGUACAGUAAUUUCAUUGAGGAAUGAUGAUUCAAUUGUCCGCGAUAGCUUUUUUUCCGAAUGUCAUUUCAGCCAGUUCGAACGACCAAAGAAUGCUUUUAUCACGAUAGAGAAACGAAAACGGAAAGGGAAGGACGAAGCAGUGCCAUCAACAGAGUUGGACAAAUUUGUAAAUCGCCGUAUAUAAAAAGUAAGAAUUGACGUGGGAGAAUUUACACUGAUAGAUAAAAUGUUUACUUCGAUAGCUUUCUUCGUAAUAUAAUCUUUCUUCUUUUGAAUUGCAGUACAUUUUUUACGACAUAGGUUAUCUUAAACAACAGAAUAAUUAUUAAACAUUAAUUUCUGCGACGGUAAAACUAGGAGGAACCAUUACAAAUUCCUCGAUCACAAAUUUUACGUAACAAACAAAAUAAUAUUUGUCGAUCUACCUAACCAAAUCGGCAUAUCGAAAAAGGAAGUUACUUUAAAAUUUAUUACAUAAUACCUUAUUUAUUGUGUACAACUUUUAAAUCAUACUUGAAAGAACUUCCAAAACUAUCGGUGACAAACAUUUAUUCAAAUAAAAUGUGUUUUAUCGGUUGCAAGAAAUAUGUAUCUAUACACUUACCUACGUGAUUUACUGAUCAUCAACCAUUUUUAUUCCAACUCGUACAACUUGUCGUUGACACUAUUUGCAACAAUUAAAAAUUUCCAAAUACCACUUAAAGUUUAUUUUUAAUAAUAUCUAUUGUAUUAUCUAUUACAAAAUAAGAAAACAGGUUAUAUCUUACUUU